GUGAAAGACCAGACGCAAAACGUUGACCGUAGAAAUCGGAAUCGGGAAAAUUCAUCGUUUUCCAAUUUUUCGAUACACAGAAAAUCGGAUUUUUCAAGCGGAAAUAAACUGCUAACGCGCAAAACUACAAGUAUUGUUCGCAGAAUGGCCGGCCACAAUCUGGACGACAACCGUCAGCGGAGCUCGGAUGUUGAGUGCGAUCGGAGCCUGGAAUUCGCCAAAAUGUUCCUGUCGGAGGCGCUGGUCCGGGGGCUGACCCGGAACUCGUUCAUCCAUCCGUCGCCGAUCCAAGCACGUGCUAUUCCGCUCGGGCGACUUGGGCUGGAUCUGCUGGUCCAAGCCAAAUCCGGCACCGGGAAAACGUUGGUAUUCUCGGUGCUGAUCGUCGAGACCCACAAUCCGGACUGUACCUUUCCGCAGGCGCUGAUACUGGUUCCCACCCGGGAGAUUGCCGUCCAGAUCGAGAAGGUACUGAACAAAAUUGCCUACUCGGUGCCAAACUUCAAGGCUCGCAGCUUCAUCGGCGGUAUGGACAUCAGCCAGGAUCGCAAAAAUUUGCAAGGUUGUUCAACGGUCGUGGGAACUCCCGGUAGGAUUAAUCACCUGAUCAAGACUAACGUUCUGAACACCCGGAUGAUCAAGCUACUGGUGCUGGACGAAGCCGAUUCGCUCAUAUCGGGCACUUUGAAGCCCGAAUUAAAUCAGAUUAUCACGGCCUUGCCAAAGGAGAGACAGACUAUCGUAUGCAGUGCGACAUACUAUAAGAAUCGGGACAAAGAUUUGUUGCGAUACAUGAACGAUAAGUAUAUUGGGGUGACGCCAAAAAAGGAAGCUCCAAUUUUGCACGGUAUCAGACAAUUCGUACGGGAGCUCCCGGAAGCCAAGGACAAUAUCAAAGAGACGAUGGGAAAAAUUGAGGAGCUGAAUCGGAUAUUGAAAAAAGUUCCCUACAGCCAAUGUUUGAUUUUCGCAAACACCCAAACCAAAGCAGAAACCUACGGUAGCUACUUGAACCGAGCUGGUUGGCCAACGGAGGUUAUUCGCGGUGGAAUGGAACAGCGCGUUCGUUUGAAAACGGUUGAAAACUUGAGAGAGUUCCGGUGCCGAAUUUUGACGGCUACGGAUGUCAUCUCUCGGGGAAUCGAUGCAGAGAAUGUUAAUCUGGUCAUCAAUGUGGAUGUUCCCAAAGACAAUUCCAUUUAUCUCCAUCGCAUUGGACGCGGUGGACGCUUCGGCACCCAAGCCAUUGCCAUCACAUUAAUUUCAUCGGGAAAAGAUAUGGAAAAAUUCAGAAAAAUCUUGAAUGACAUCGGUGGAACCGAUAUGUUCGUUUAUCACUUACCAUCGGAAAAGGUGGAAGAAAUAUGGAAUUUUGAAGAAUAUGGCGAUAAAUAUGGCAAGUUGUACGCAUCCAAAUUAGAGCAGCAAAUUCGAGACUCUGGAGCUGAUCGAGCUUUUCUGGAAGCGAUAGAGGAAGUUGAUUCCAAAACCGAGCUGGACCGGAAGUCCAAUGAAAUGCUGACAGAUAGUCUUGAUGAGAUAAAAGCGGUUGACUCGACACCGGAUGCUGAUUCAAUUGAACAAAUGGCCGACAAAAAGGCAAUCGAAAAACCAGGAUCUGACGACGAAGGCAAAGAGGAAGAGGUCGAAAGGAUAAUAUGCCUCAGUAAUCCGGAUAUAAUUGAAGGAGCGAAUAUUUUGGAUUCUACUAGUGAAAAGCUUCCUGAAGAAACCAUUGGCAGCGCAGACAAAGGUUCGAAUGAUAAACCAAAUCUUGCCGAAGAACUGGACGAAACCAGACAAACCAUUCCAGAUAGCACGGUUGCAGAACCGAAAUCCACUAGCUCCGAGAGCGUUGAUCAAAUGUUUAUGGCUGCGAUGGAAGAAGUUCGGUCGGAAUUUACUGAACAAGACAAAAAUGAGAUCGACACUGUGGAUCAUAAAGUUGCAGAAGCAAUAAACCAGCUCACAUUCGAUGAGCCUGAGACUACAUCACAAGAGGUGAACGCUGAGAAAUCUUUGGGAAAUAUUAAAUCACAGGAAUCUGUUGAUGAAGUGAUCCUGGCAGCGAUUGAACAGUUGGAGUUUGAGGACUCUUCUGACAAAAAACCCGCUGAAAACGGUGCAAUCGAUACGGAUGCCAUGUUCCUCGCAGCCAUGGAACAAAUCGAUUUGGAAGACGCCAACGAGGAAGAUAUCGUACCGCAAGUAAAGGAACCGGAAUCCCCAUCACCGGAUCUCAGUUGUUCAACGCCGGAGUCAUGCUACACGACUGACAGCUCGUUUAGCUCAAACGCGACUAAAAAGGUGGAAGUCGGAUCGAACUUCACGACUCCGAAUUCACGGGUUCAUGAGAUCCGAGGAGCCGCGCCGCCCCAUCAAGUGAGUUCAUCAACAUCGGAUACCUCCUCGGAGGUAAGUCAUCUGUCCGAUCCGAUUGUCCCAGCCGAACAGAAUUGUAUGCCGUUGGAAGUAAAUAACGAUGCUCUGUUUGCCAAAAUCAUGGAACAGAAGGAACUUGAAGCCGAUCAUCAGCAUCGACCGUUCCAAUUCUCGAUCGACGGUUGUAGUUUGGAGGUUCACGAUGAUCCACUCAGUGAAAGGGACAUCAAUUCCCGCAAAGGCUCCGUGCCAGACGUGGUUCCCAGUGGAAUAACCAUGGAUCCUUCGCGGCUUCAGAAUCGUCCACCAUCGUCUAUGGAAGGAGGCGAAAUCACAUUCGAAUUUAAUUCAAACACAUGUGGCUCCAACCAUGGUUCUGUUUUCGAACACGACGAAGAAGAGGAGGAAGAAGUCCACGUCCAACCGGAUCAAAGGACCAAACGAAUUCGUUUCCAGCAGGAUGAUCACUCCCUUGAACACCAACCUUCACCGGACUCCUCGCAGCAACAGUUGCAACCACCAGCUAUGGCUGGUGAUCAAGACUUACCGCCGGCCAAUCCGGAAGCCGAUGAUGCUAGUUCCUAUUCGUCCGAAUACGACAGCGAAUCUUCCAACAGCUCCUUUGUUGACCCGCGCGAAUGGGAGGCUGAACUGGAACAAAACCCGGAAUCGGUGGCCGCUUCUUCAUCCACCCAUGGCCGCGUGAAAGCAAAAACCAACAAACGCACCAAAAAUGCCACCAACCGGUACCAUAGGAUGUAUGCCACCUGGACCGAUCACUACUGGAACCAGAUGACAAUGAUCCGAGACUACGCCCGGUUUGCAGUUUACAGUGGUCGACAAGACGACUAGAAAUUUUUUGGGGGAGAAAAUGUUUCCUAUUUUUGAACUCCCACAGGCUGGAAAUCCUGUUCCUUGUCUUAAACGACACCUUGAGUACUUUGUAUGAACACUAACCAGUAAGAAAAGAUAACCUUUAAACCUACAUAUAUCUAUAAAAUUGUCACUUUUUUCGGCUACCGAAUGUGGCUGCUGCGAGAUUGAUCCAUGUGAUGUUAUUUAGUAUGAUUCUUAUUCGGCCAGGAAGGCAUUUUUUAGUUGUUAGCUAUUUUUUAUUGAAUAUUUCUCACACACACUCUCUCUCUCUUAUCUUACCAUAUUUAAAAAUGUUCCGAAAAUCAGAAUUCUCCCGUUGAAAUAAACGUAUUAACCUUGAA